AUGGCAAUACCUGACAACCUUCGGUUUGCUCUCAUCUGCCCGCCCCGCAAACUCGAGGCAGACAAGACAAAAGAAACGGCCCUCAUCUUCGACAAAUUUGUCUUCUACUUUGCUGACUAUGACCGACGUCAAGGGAUGUGGCUGGCGGUGGAUCGCCCGGCCCGGCCUGACAUCAAACCCUGGAACCAGGACUGGAAUCCGGCCACUUACGAAGCGAUGUGGAAGGAACUUGUUGACAAGUGGCUCGUGAACUGGACUGACGAACUCCCACCCACACCCGCACAAGACAUUCUCUUGGUCGACUGGCAAGAUUCGGUACCGUAUGUCAAUAACCUCGUCGACGAGCACACAGUAGAUCAAUAUAGGCGGUUGAUAAAACGCGAGCUGGGGAUCCGGCAUUACUGCCUCUACCCAACACUGAGAGCGACGAAUUUCUUGGAUGAAAAGGCAAAGAGAUACAAGACUUCGGAGCUGCUUGAACUCGAGAGGAAGGGCCCCAAUCUCGACCUGGUCUCUUUCCGGGACAAGAACAAGCCAGAGAGCGAGAAGGCCUUUUUCAAAUAUGCUGCACUGCCUCGCGAUGACUUCAACAACAUGCUAGAGCAUUUUGUGCUCCACAAGUUGUUCAGCUCACCAUCAACCCGCCAACUUUUUGACCUUUACAAGCACCCCGUGAUGGAUGACACAGGUAAGGUUGUUGUCGGGUUCCUCACCGAAUACUGCUCAGGAAAACCGUUAAAGGAUAACGUCAGCGGCAUCUUCAAGCUCGCCCACCUCCAGCAGCUCAUCCGUGCGGUUGGCUUUUUAAAUCAAAAUCUCCAUGUUUGGCACAACCGGAUCAGUUACGAAAACAUCAUAAUCGAUCCACAGAAGGAUAAGCCCAAGAUCACAGAGCUUGGAUGCAUAACGCCCUACAACAACAAGCUUCCCGCGGAUGUCCUCCUCAAGGACGUGUAUGCUCUCGUCCGCGCAAUUCAUGCACAUGUCGUCCGAACGCCAGAAGAGAUUGAGCAGUUUGACCCCAAAAUGAUGAAGUCAGGGGACAGAUGGGAUGUUGACCCCAGGGUCAGGCUCGGUGACGAUUUCGGGGCUUCGCACCCUGCUGAGGUGUGUUUUAAUUUCCUCACACAACAGAGGAAAGGUUUACCUGAUACCUGGCGGCCAUCCCCACUGCGCGAAGCAGAGAUGCCUAACAUCACGAGGGAGUUCGCUCCCCGACCCGGGGAACCACCAAAGCCCAACGACCUAGCUAGCUACUGGCUCCGCGACCCGGAAGAUAAGGCUUUCCAACAUGACCCCCUUCCCAAGUGGGUCCGCACACCGCACACGAAACUUGUUGAACUGCAGCUCGCCAACGGGGAGAGACCCGCCGAAGAGCUGCUCAAAGAGAUUGAACCACCCCUCAUACCACUAGCCAACACUGUAGAAAUGAUUCAGUUUGUCGGAAGGGUUCAACAUAGUGUCAACCUCGGCACGCCCGUCAGCGAACGCGUUAUUAAGAAAGUGGAGGAGAUAGCGAACACGCCCGGGAUUCGGGUACCGCCGUUGAACCUCCCCAGCCGGAAGAGACCCCGUAGGGAAAGUGACGUUGGUAACGAAGAAAAACGGAUCUCUUCUCGGCGGGAGAAACAAGCGCUGAAUCAGCUCAUGAAGGAGCUCAGGGAGGCUACAGAUCUGGCACAGAAGGCCGGAGAGGAAGCGGAGGAGGCUGCGAAGGAGGCAAAGGAGGCGACCGACCAACUUACAGGGCUCAAAACGAUGAUUGAAGCUGCUAGGAAGGUUACGGCGACAUCCUUGCAUGUGACUGGGCCGUUGCCGAGGCCACAACCGGGUGUUGCGUGGCAGAUAUAG